AGUGCUCUGGUCAUGAAGGGGGUUUCACCUAGCGGGGCUGAAGUGGUUAAAGGACGGGGCUCCCUCUCAGGAGCCGGGGGCUCGUGUCCGUUACAGGACGGGGCUCCCUCUCAGGAGCCGGGGGCUCGUGUCCGUUACAGGACGGGGCUCCCUCUCAGGAGCCGGGGGCUCGUGUCCGUUACAGGACGGGGCUCCCUCUCAGGAGCCGGGGGCUCGUGUCCGUUACAGGACGGGGCUCCCUCUCAGGAGCCGGGGGCUCGUGUCCGUUACAGGACGGGGCUCCCUCUCAGGAGCCGGGGGCUCGUGUCCGUUACAGGACGGGGCUCCCUCUCAGGAGCCGGGGGCUCGUGUCCGUUACAGGACGGGGCUCCCUCUCAGGAGCCGGGGGCUCGUGUCCGUUACAGGACGGGGCUCCCUCUCAGGAGCCGGGGGCUCGUGUCCGUUACAGGACGGGGCUCCCUCUCAGGAGCCGGGGGCUCGUGUCCGUUACAGGACGGGGCUCCCUCUCAGGAGCCGGGGGCUCGUGUCCGUUACAGGACGGGGCUCCCUCUCAGGAGCCGGGGGCUCGUGUCCGUUACAGGACGGGGCUCCCUCUCAGGAGCCGGGGGCUCGUGUCCGUUACAGGACGGGGCUCCCUCUCAGGAGCCGGGGGCUCGUGUCCGUUACAGGACGGGGCUCCCUCUCAGGAGCCGGGGGCUCGUGUCCGUUACAGGACGGGGCUCCCUCUCAGGAGCCGGGGGCUCGUGUCCGUUACAGGACGGGGCUCCCUCUCAGGAGCCGGGGGCUCGUGUCCGUUACAGGACGGGGCUCCCUCUCAGGAGCCGGGGGCUCGUGUCCGUUACAGGACGGGGCGCCUUCUCAGGAGCCGGAGGCUCGUGUCCGUUACAGGACGGGGCUCCUUCUCAGGAGCCGGAGGCUCGUGUCCGUUACAGGACGGGGCUCCCUCUCAGGAGCCGGGGGCUCGUGUCCGUUACAGGACGGGGCGCCUUCUCAGGAGCCGGGGGCUCGUGUCCGUUACAGGACGGGGCUCCCUCUCAGGAGCCGGGGGCUCGUGUCCGUUACAGGACGGGGCUCCCUCUCAGGAGCCGGAGGCUCGUGUCCGUUACAGGACGGGGCUCCCUCUCAGGAGCCGGAGGCUCGUGUCCGUUACAGGACGGGGCUCCCUCUCAGGAGCCGGGGGCUCGUGUCCGUUACAGGACGGGGCGCCUUCUCAGGAGCCGGGGGCUCGUGUCCGUUACAGGACGGGGCUCCCUCUCAGGAGCCGGAGGCUCGUGUCCGUUACAGGACGGGGCUCCUUCUCAGGAGCCGGGGGCUCGUGUCCGUUACAGGACGGGGCUCCCUCUCAGGAGCCGGAGGCUCGUGUCCGUUACAGGACGGGGCUCCUUCUCAGGAGCCGGAGGCUCGUGUCCGUUUCAGGACGGGGCUCCCUCUCAGGAGCCGGGGGCUCGUGUCCGUUACAGGACGGGGCUCCAUCUCAGUCCCGCACUCGCUGCUUCUUCACAAGUUCGCCCGCGUUUACUGCCUGGGAGGAGGAGUCGGGUGCGGCGCCCUCGCUGUGUGUCAUGCCUUGGGUGUGGUUACACCAGAGACUUCACUGUUCCGUUAGCAGGAGAAUCACAUUGUUACAGCGGCUCCCGGAGAUACCGCCAUCACCCUCCCCGUGUUAUCCAGCCUUGGCUGUAUGGAGAGAAGCUGAUAUCUACAAGGGACCAGUGCAAAGAAACUUCAGCCGCCACAAUGCCAAAAACUAUCAGUGUACGUGUGACCACAAUGGAUGCAGAGCUGGAGUUUGCCAUCCAGCCAAACACCACCGGAAAACAACUCUUUGAUCAGGUUGUGAAAACAAUUGGACUUCGAGAAGUCUGGUUCUUUGGACUACAGUACCAAGAUACAAAGGGUUUCUCAACAUGGCUAAAACUCAACAAAAAGGUCACUGCUCAGGAUGUACGGAAAGAUUCUCCAUUACUUUUUAAGUUUCGUGCCAAAUUCUAUCCGGAGGAUGUUUCUGAGGAACUAAUCCAAGAUAUCACCCAGCGACUGUUCUUUCUCCAAGUGAAGGAAGGCAUUCUGAAUGAUGACAUUUACUGUCCACCAGAAACUGCAGUUCUCCUGGCUUCAUAUGCCGUGCAGGCCAAAUAUGGGGACUUUAACAAAGACGUGCAAAAAACAGGCUAUUUGUCACAAGACAAGCUGCUUCCUCAGAGAGUUCUGGAACAGCACAAACUUACUAAAGAGCAGUGGGAGGAAAGAAUCCAUGUCUGGCAUGAAGAACACAGGGGCAUGCUAAGGGAGGAUGCCAUUCUGGAGUACCUGAAGAUUGCUCAAGAUCUGGAGAUGUAUGGCGUUAACUACUUCAGCAUUAAGAAUAAGAAGGGCUCUGAACUUUGGCUAGGAGUGGAUGCCUUGGGACUGAAUAUUUAUGAACAAAAUGACAGAUUGACACCCAAGAUUGGGUUUCCAUGGAGUGAGAUCAGGAACAUCUCAUUCAAUGACAAGAAAUUUGUUAUCAAACCUAUUGACAAGAAAGCUCCAGACUUUGUAUUCUAUGCACCCCGAUUACGAAUCAACAAGCGAAUUUUGGCACUCUGCAUGGGCAACCAUGAAUUGUACAUGCGUCGUAGGAAGCCAGACACUAUUGAAGUCCAGCAGAUGAAGGCUCAAGCAAGAGAAGAGAAGCAUCAGAAGCAGAUGGAGAGAGCCCUCCUGGAGAAUGAGAAGAAGAAGAGAGAGCUGGCUGAGAAAGAGAAAGAAAAGAUUGAGCAUGAGAAGGAAGAACUGAUGGAACGGCUAAGACAGAUAGAGGAGCAGACUAGAAAAGCCCAAGAAGAACUGGAGGAGCAGACAAGAAAAGCCUUGGAAUUGGAGGAGGAGCGUAGAAAGUCUCAGGAAGAGGCUGAAAAACUUGCUAAAGACCGCCAGGCUGCUGAGGAUGCCAAAGAAGCCCUAUUGAAACAAUCACAGGACCAAAUGAAAAAUCAGGAGCAUCUGUCUGCAGAGCUUGCUGAUCUGACCAGUAAAAUCAGCCAAUUGGAACUUGCCCGUAAGAAGAAGGAAAGUGAAGCAGAAGAAUGGCAGCAAAAGGCCCAGGCAGUGCAAGUCGAUUUAGAGAAGACGAAGGAUGAACUGAAGCAUGUGAUGACCACUCCUCAUGUGCAGGAGCCAAUACACGCAGAGAAUGAACAUGACGAUGAGCAAGAUGAGAAUGGUGCAGAGGCCAGUGCCGAACUGAAAGCAGAUGCUACAGUGAAGGACCGGAGUGAAGAAGACCGAACCACAGAGGCAGAGAAGAAUGAAAGGGUCCAAAAACACCUUCAGCUGCUAAGCUCAGAGCUGGAAAAGGCCAGAGAUGAAACGAAGAAGACGGCAAAUGACCUUCUGCAUGCUCAAAAUGUGCUUGCUGGAAGAGACAAGUACAAGACACUUCGCCAGAUCCGCCAAGGCAAUACCAAGCAACGUAUAGAUGAAUUUGAAUCUAUGUAACACCCCUAUAAUAUUCUUCUCCAUUUGACUCAUUGGUCUCCUUCCUUUCAAUGGCUCAGCUGGAACUGUUUGACCACUUUGAGUCAGGGUUUGAUGCAGUACAAUCAUAGGCCUGUAGUAUUUCACAUCUUCCUCUUAUACAGGAAGAGUGUCUUCAUAAACUUGGUCGUUCCAAGGUUAGUAAGCAGCCGGCCACAGAAAGGUCUUUCCGUUUCUCCUAUAUUUUUGAAAUAUAUUACCCCAAGUAUCUCCUCCUAACAAGCUUCUGCCAUAGUUAACAAUGGAGCUUUGUGUUCCUGGUAUGUUUUCAGUUUAUCAAGACCAAACUUUAAACAUGCUGUUGUCAUUGCCCUGGUAUUAGGUGCAGUCACAUCGCUUGGUAUUGGGUGCAGAAAAAAACUUUGAGCUAGGACAGCACCACUCACUGACGUAUAUUAGUCCAUAUUUGGCUGCGGUGCUUGCGGUGUCAGGCCCCGGCCCUAGGGACCCC